AUGCCAGCCUGUGAUUUUACCCCAGAAGAAUACAAGGGCAUGUCAAAGGACCAGAUGCUGCAGAUCCGCCGUCAGUUCUGUAACCCCAUGACCAUGAAGGUGACCUUCUAUAAACGACCAGUGUUUAUCCACCAAGGACACAUGCAGUGGCUCUGGGACGUGGACGGGCGGCGCUACCUUGACCUGUUUGCCGGCGUGGCUACCAUCAGCGUCGGCCACUGUCACCCGAGGGUGACAGAAGCGGCCAUGAAGCAGCUGAAAACGCUCUGGCACACCACCAACAUCUAUGUGUAUCCUCCUAUUCAUGAGUAUUGUGAGAAACUGGCUUCUUAUCUUCCAGAUCCACUCAAGGUUAUAUAUCUCACCAACAGUGGGUCAGAGGCCAAUGAUCUCGCGAUGCUAAUGGCGCGGCUAUACACAGGCAACUUUGAUAUACUCACAUUUGGGAACUCGUACCACGGCAGCAGCACACAGACUCUGGGCCUGACGUCUAACGCAGCGUAUAAAUAUCCUCUGCCCAGUGGGUUAGGCUGCUCCAACACCAUGUGUCCGGAUGUUUACAGAGGAAUCUGGGGAGGAAGCCACUGCAGGGACUCACCUGUGCAGACGACCAGAGACUGCAGCUGUCCACAAGAAGGCUCGGUCUUCAGGGUUCAGAAGGCUCGGUCUUCAGGGUUCAGAAGGCUCGGUCCUCAGGGUUCAGAAGGCUCGGUCCUCAGGGUUCAGAAGGCUCGGUCCUCAGGGUUCAGAAGGUUCGGUCCUCAGGGUUCAGAAGGCUCAGUCCUCAGGGUUCAGAAGGCUCAGUCCUCAGGGUUCAGAAGGCUCGGUCCUCAGGGUUCAGAAGGCUCGGUCCUCAGGGUUCAGAAGGCUCGGUCCUCAGUGUCCAGGAUUCAGUUCUUCAGCCCCAUCUAUUCUUAG